GGGUGACCAGAACCGGCUGGAACUGGUUUGAGGCAGAUCGGCUCCCGAACACAAUGCAGUCAGUGAGCUGCUACAGUGGGAUAGCUUCCUCCCUCCAUGGCAGCCAAAAGCAGAGGAGCUUGCAGAAAGAUACCGUCCCUAAACAGUAUGUGAAUGCACACUUAGACACACAGCACUGGUAUGUGGCUAUGUAGUCCUAAAGGGUUCUGUAUGUAAAUGUACAUAUUUGAAGUAGCUGAGGUGGCUUGGGCUUUUUCUGCCUUUUUUUAUGCUUAAGGAAGGGGCAAGAGCUUGAGAUUUACAACCCUUAUUAAAAUAUUUUUGCUUUGCAAGGGUGGGACACUGGUUGUGCAGUCUAUUUUAAAACUGAACCGAAUAAAACGGAUUGAAUGAUUUGUAAUUGUAGCCGUGCUUGCAACUGAAGAAUGCUGCUUUGCAUGCCGUGUUAUUUGCAGGGCACUGUCUUGUGGUUUUCUUCUUGAGGGGAUGUCGGGAAGGGGGUCUGAAAGGCCAAAAGGAAGCGAUGUUGUUGUGGAAUUGUGUGUAAGGCAUUGCAAAGAUGCUGUAAGGCGUACUCAUUUCUCCUUUCUUUUUUUCCUCCUUGUAGGCCUAUUGAUUGGGGCUGCCUUUAACCCUUUCGUAUUUGCAGAGGUGAUCCAUCUGUGGCAGUAACAGAGCGCUGGCAGAAAAGCCUUCCAGAGGUCAAGGUUCACAAAGAUUUGCCUUCAAUCAAAUAGAUGACCAUGGGGGAUAUGAAGACCCCAGACUUUGACGAUCUUCUUGCAGCCUUUGACAUCCCAGACAUGGUUGACCCAAAAGCAGCUAUUGAAUCUGGACACGAUGACCAUGAAAGCCAGAUAAAACAAAAUGCACACACAGAUGAAGAUUCUCAUACGCCAUCAUCGUCUGAUGUUGGUGUGAGUGUCAUUGUGAAAAAUGUACGUACUCCUUCUGAAGGAGUAGACAAGGAUUGCCACCAUUCCACAGGCAAUGGCUUGCAUAACGGCUUUCUCACAUCCUCAGCUCUUGACAGUUACAGUAAAGAUGAAGAGAAAUCAUUUAAAGAUGAUGGGUCAGCUUCUGAGACAACACUGAAGGAUUCGGCUUUUAACCAGUUCAGUCCAAUUUCGAGUGCUGAAGAAUUUGAUGAUGAUGAAAAAAUUGAGGUAGAUGACCCUCCAGACAAAGAGAUGCGUGCAAAUUUCAGAACAAAUAUCUUGACAGGUUCUGUAUCUCAGCACGAAUAUGACAAACUAAAGGCACUUGGGGGAGAGAAUUUGAUCAAGUCUAGUAUCUCAGUUUCAAGUAGUAUAGAUAAAAAUAAAGUUUCUAAGCGGGAGACAGAGACAAACUCUCUGAAUUUAAGUGUUUAUGAGCCUUUCAAAGCUCGCAAAGCAGAGGACAAAUUGCUAAAAGACAGUUCUGAGAAGCUUCUUGACAGUAGAGUACUUGAUGGAAAACUGAGUGCUGAAAAAAGUGAAACAAAUCUUGCCAGCAUUUCACCAAAAGCAAAGUCAUCAGCAAAGCUUUCUUCGUGCAUUGCUGCGAUUGCAGCACUGAGUGCUAAAAAGGCAGCUACAGAUACCAGUAAGGAUUUACAAUCUAAUUCCGGGGAGUCUUCUCCUUUGCCAAAAGAUACGAGUGAAAGUCCCCGGACUACUGAAAAAUCACCUGAGUCUCAGAGUCUUAUUGAUGGUGCUAAAAAGCCAUCUGUUAAACCACCUGAUAGUCCCAGAAGUGUAUCAAGUGAAAACAGUAGCAAAGGAUCUCCAUCUUCUCCUGCAGGGUCCACACCAGCAAUUCCUAAGGUUCGCAUAAAAACCAUCAAGACUUCCUCCGGGGAGAUCAAGAGAACUGUUACUCGAGUGUUGCCAGAAGUUGAUUUGGACUCGAGUAGAAAAACAGAGCAGACUGCUUCUAUGGUAACUUCCAUGACGUCCCUCCUGUCCUCACCAACUUCUUCUGCUGUUCUUUCCUCUCCUCCUAGAGCUCCUCUCCAGUCCGCAGUUGUUACCAAUGCAGUCGCAUCUGCAGAACUCGCACCAAAGCAAGUCACUAUCAAACCUGUGGCUACUGCCUUCCUCCCAGUCAGCAGUGAAACAGCAGGUUCACAAGUUAUUAAUUUGAAGCUUGCUAACAACACUACAGUGAAAGCCACUGUACUAUCUGCUGCUUCUGUGCAGAGUGCCAGUAGCGCCAUUAUAAAAGCUGCCAAUGCCAUACAGCAGCAGACUGUUGUGGUGCCAGCAUCAAGCCUUGCGAGUGCUAAACUUGUGCCAAAGACGGUCCAUCUUGCCAACCUUAAUCUUCUGCCUCAGGGUGCUCAAACCACCUCUGAACUCCGACAAGUGCUAACGAAACCUCAGCAACAAAUAAAGCAGGCAAUAAUUUCUGCAGCAGCCUCACAGCCUUCUAAAAAGGUGUCUCGAGUCCAGGUGGUGUCAUCUCUUCAGAGUUCUGUAGUGGAAGCGUUCAAUAAGGUGCUGAGUAGUGUCAACCCUGUCCCAGUUUACAUCCCCAACCUUAGUCCUCCUGCCAGUGCUGGAAUAACGUUGCCCACACGAGGUUACAAGUGUUUGGAGUGCGGUGACUCCUUUGCUCUUGAGAAGAGCCUGACCCAGCAUUAUGACAGGAGGAGCGUGCGAAUUGAAGUGACGUGUAAUCAUUGUACAAAGAAUUUAGUUUUCUACAACAAAUGCAGUCUUCUUUCCCAUGCUCGUGGACACAAGGAAAAAGGAGUUGUAAUGCAGUGUUCGCACCUGAUUUUAAAACCAGUCCCAGCAGAUCAAAUGAUAGCAUCUCCUUCAAGCAAUACUGCUACACCCAUGCUUCAAAGCCCAGUGGGAGCUGGCUCACACACUGUAACUAAGAUGCAGUCUGGCAUAACGGGAACAGUCAUAUCAGCCCCAGCAAGUACACCCAUCGUCCCAGCCAUGCCACUAGACGAAGACCCAUCAAAACUCUGUAGGCACGGUCUAAAGUGUUUGGAGUGCAGCGAAGUUUUCCAAGAUGAGACAUCUCUUGCUACACAUUUCCAGCAGGCUGCAGACACAAGUGGACAAUCAAUGCAUGGAACUUUGAAAAGUGUUGAAGGGCCACCAAACCUGGGGAUAAAUUUACCUCUGAGUACGAAACCCACAAAUCAGAACUCAGCCAGCCACAAUAAAGAGGACACAAAAUCCAUCAACGGAACAGAAAAAUUAGAGAAGAAAUCUCCUUCUCCUUUAAAGAAAGGAGAGCCUAGAAAAGUCAGCAGUCGUGGCUGGACGUGUUGGGAUUGCGAUAGGUUCUUCACUCAGAGAGACGUUUACAUCUCCCACAUGAGGAAAGAACAUGGAAAGCAAAUGAAGAAACACCCUUGUCGCCAGUGUGACAAAUCAUUCAGUUCAUCACAUAGUUUAUGUCGUCACAACCGUAUCAAGCACAAAGGCAUUAGGAAGGUUUAUACAUGCUCGCACUGCCCAGACUCAAGACGUACCUUUACCAAACGGCUGAUGCUGGAAAAACAUAUUCAGUUGAUGCACGGCAUUAAAGACCCUGAUGUCAAAGAAAUGACUGAAUCAGCUAAUAUGGAAGAAAGGGAAGUAAAAGAAGAUGUAAAGGUUCCUAGCCCAAAGCGUAAACUGGAAGAACCUGUCCUGGAAUUCAGGCCUCCACGAGGUGCAAUCACUCAGCCACUGAAGAAGCUAAAAAUCAAUGUUUUUAAGGUUCACAAGUGUGCUGUCUGCGGCUUCACAACAGAAAAUCUCCUCCAGUUUCACGAACAUAUUCCUCAGCAUAAAUCUGAUGGCUCUUCGUACCAGUGCAGGGAGUGUGGACUCUGCUACACAUCUCACGUGUCUCUCUCCAGGCACCUCUUCAUUGUACACAAGCUGAAGGAGCCGCAGCCAGUAUCAAAGCAGAACGGGUCUGGGGAAGAUAAUCAGCAAGAGAACAAACCCAACCACGAGGACGAACCGACCAACAGCGUGGUGUCGGACAGGAGAUGCAAAGUGUGUGCAAAGACUUUUGAAACUGAAGCGGCCUUAAAUACUCACAUGAGAACACAUGGCAUGGCCUUCAUCAAGUCAAAAAGGAUGAGCAUGGCUGAAAAGUGAUCAGAUCAUUGGGACAUGGGAAUCUCUCUCCACAUUGGAUUACUAAUGACAUUUUUGUUACAGAAAGUUCAAGGUAUAAUAGUGUUAACAGUACUGUUCAGGCUGUUGCAAUAUAUUCUGCAUAACGAUGUCCCCUUCGCCUCAUUGUCUGUACCCUCGAGACCAUUGAAGCAGUAUUUGAGUUGAAAAGAGUUUGUAUAUAUUUAAACUAAUAACUUUUAUACUCUUUGUUACGUGUUUGUAUUGGUAUCUAGUGGAAAUUUUUGUUCUGUUUUGUUUUGUUUCUGUUUUUUGUAGUGAGUUUCUCUAAAACAGAGUUCUUAAUGCUGGGUCAGUUUCCUGGGGUCUCUUAAACCGUUUCUUAUGUGAAUGCUUCUGACAGAAGGUUUAGCACAGCAGAAGGCAGUGCCUGGAGGGAAAAAGCAAGGAAGCCAAGGGGAUAUGCCACAUCCUGCAGGACUCUGAAUGGUUCUGCACGUGGCAGGCAGCUUUCAGACUUUCUCUCCAAAAAAAGUAUCUCUGCAUAUGUAAAAUGCAGUGCUGGUUGAGGUGCCGACACCAGAACAGGUGCAGACACCCCAGGGUGAUCACGUACUUCUGACAAGUGUAAUUGCACAAGUAUAUAUAUAUCAUGAAGUAAUUUGUAGCCAUCAGGUGCUUGUGGUCAAAGCUCUGAUAGUUAUAAAAGGGCUGGCUGCUCUGGAUUAAACAAGUAAGAUGUAAUUAGAGGCAUAGAUUUAUCAUUAUAAUGUUUUGGGGUUGUUUUUUUCUUUUUUUUUGGUCAUGUAAUUUAUUAAACAUAUAGAAACAAUUACACAGCAUUAAGUAUUUUCCUUUAUCUCUGGUUAUGAAAAUAGCCAACCCUUGUUGCUGGGGUUGGCAUUUCCCAGCUCUGUUUGCUAAUGCCAAAUGUUCCAGGGCUCAGUGUUCAACCACAGCCGUCGAGGAGCAAACACACCACACCAGCCCAUGUGGGUACGACUGGCACUUCACCUUUAGCACGGACCUCACGGAGCUUCAAAGUGCAUCCAACAUCACUGGUGAGCUUUCACCAGGUACAGAAAGGUACCGCGCUGUCCCUUUCCUAUAUGGUUCUCUGUGAGAUUUAUAUUUUUGUUUUCUUUUUGCAUUUUAUACCUUGUAUGUAUC